CUGAUGUGCUGUCGGCUGUGAUGAGUUGGUUAAAUCUGUUUUACCGCAUUCGUCGCAGAAUGCCUGGCUUUAAAGACCUAUUUUAUAAUGUUUUUGGAUGGUUCAUUUUUGGAUUAAUUAAUCCACUAUGGCGCUGUAUAUCACGGAUCCCAGCUCUUCCGUUGUUUUCUGGAUGGCGACGGCGGGGGGAGAUCGAACAUGACCCGGAACAAAGUGAAGACAAGCAGCGAUUGAGAAAGUAUUCUUCGGAUGUGAAGGCAGGUGUCACCGAGGUCCUGCCGGACAAUCGCAAUGAGAGCUGGCCGUCAGAGAAGAAAGCAGAAGAAGAGGAUGAGUUGCACUGUGACUAUGAUUCAACCUGGGAGAGUGAGCACGUUGAGAGCCUUCCAAGCAAGAAGACCACCUAUUCUAGAGGGCACAGAAAUUACAAAUUCAGCAGGUUUGAAAAUGCUGCAAGAGACAUGUGGAACUACAGGCAUGACUACCCAAACCUACACAGGACAGAAAACUCCUGGCAGCAAGAACAUGAUGCCAAGCCCAAUCUGAACUUUUACCUUGGGAACACACCCUCCUUACCAGACGGUGUCUACAUUAAAGACUUCCACAACAACUGGUAUGGAGACCAUGCCAAACUGGAGUGUGUGCACACCUUUAUUCAGUGGCUGUUUCCUCUGCAAGAACCAGGGAUGAACUAUGAAGCCAAAACUCUGACAAAGCAGGAAAUUCAGGAUUUUCUUAACAGUGACGAUGCAAAGUGCAAUCUACGGGUCUCUUAUGAGCUGAUGUUGGAUUUUUAUGGCAUCAAGUUAAAAGAUGUGAAAACAGGAGAGGUGACCAGAGCAGCCAACUGGAGUAAGAGGUUCCAAAAUCUUAACAGACACACACAUAACAACUUGCGCAUCACCCGCAUCCUGAAGUGCCUGGGAACUCUUGGAUACCCCCACUACCAAGCCCCUCUAGUUCAGUUCUUCCUUGAAGAGACUCUCGUCAACAAUGAACUUCAGAGUGUCAAAGACAGCGCCCUGAGCUACUUUGUAUUUGCCGUACUCAAUAGGCAAGAGCGUCAGAAGCUUCUAAAGUUUGCCUAUGAGCACUAUGAGCCCAAAGAGGAGUUUGUGUGGUGCCCGAAGAAAAUCCAGAGGGUAUGGUCAAGCCAUUGGCAGGAAUAGAGCUACAUGAACGAUGGUGAGACAGGUGGUUGGGAGUGCCCCUUACUGGCAUACAAGUAAUGAUGUUGGAGCAAAAAGUAUGUCGACAGUAACUAUAAACAUUUUAUGCAAAAUCUGUUAAAUAAAUGCUGGUUAUAAAGCUAUAUACAUGUAAAGAUGAGUCUACUGUCCUGCACUGAAUAGCUUAAAUAGAAUGCAGUUGUUUUUUGAGGUAUAAUAUCUAAAUAAUUUUCCAGUUGUUUCCUUAUUCUUACUGUUCUUUAGUUCUGAAUGUAUGUGCUGCACUAAUUAACUUAAAGAACUGGGAUAAAUUGAGUACUUUUACAGUAGCAAAGAAAACAGAAGGAUGAUUUUAACCUGUGAUUACUUUUACUCAUAACUGUUAUUUAGUUUGAAUUUUAAAGUCAGGAUGUUCAUAGUCCACUUGUUUAAAUUGCUGUGUUCUUGAAUCAUAAUUCAUGCAAUUUGUCAUUAAAGGAAUAUAAAUACAUUA